AUGUCGGGUUCGUUGACGUCCUUUGCUGCCGUGCUGCUCGCUGUAGCGUUGGCGUGGACCUACUCGUCGCCCGCGCCCUCCGCUGCAGCAAGAGACGCCACAGUGCUGCUGGGUCCCGUCUCGCUCGGCCAUGGUGGCACGGUGGAGCUGCUGCGAGCGCCAAGCGCUGGACCACUGCCGCGGCUGCUCGUGCAACUGGGCCGCACCGUGGACGAAGCCACCCUCACCGCGCUCCUCGCCUUUAUGAGCCGGACCCUCGAUCGGCGCAGGCCCUUCACCGUGCUGUGGGACCCGGGAGCGGUGCGAUGGCCCCGCGUCGGCGGCCGUCAGCUGGGCCUGGUGCGGUCGUGGGUCGACAAGCACGCUGAGCAGUGGGACAGCAGAGUCCAGGCGCACGUUCUGCUGCUGCAUAGCCCACUCUGGCGCCCCGUCGCCUGGCUCGUGCUCAAGCUGUUUGCGCCGCCGCAGCCAAUUCGCAUCGUUAGGGACGAAGCGACCGCCGAUGACUUCACGCGGAGCUGCGCGAGCUGCACUCAGCCGAAGUCCUGGGUCAAGUCCUCAUACAGCGAUCGUGACCGCCGCUUUGGAACCUUCAGCCGAGCAUGGGGCCUUUGA